CCAUCGCAGGCAAUGUCCAAGAAGAAAUGUUCUUUUCUGGAGUCAGGAUAAAGAGUUUUAUUCCGAAUAGUGUGUGGUCUAAACGCUGAGCUGUCGCGAUGACUGACAACAGAGAUAAAGCUACCGACCAAAUGAAGACAUGGAAGGCGAAUAGAGGCUCUCAGAAAGCAGAUGUGCUGACUACAGGCGGUGGCCAUCCAGUGGGAGACAAAUUGAACUUGCAGACUGCAGGUCCAAGAGGGCCGCUGCUGGUUCAAGAUGUGGUCUUCACAGAUGAGAUGGCCCACUUUGACCGUGAGCGAAUCCCAGAGAGAGUGGUUCAUGCCAAAGGGGCAGGGGCAUUUGGCUACUUUGAGGUCACUCAUGACAUCACUCGCUACUGCAAAGCCAAAGUGUUUGAGCAUGUUGGCAAGACUACACCAAUUGCUAUCCGCUUCUCCACUGUGGCUGGAGAGUCUGGGUCUGCAGACACUGUGCGUGACCCUCGAGGUUUUGCAGUCAAGUUUUACACUGAAGAUGGCAACUGGGACCUGACGGGCAACAAUACCCCAAUUUUCUUCGUCAGGGAUGCCAUGCUGUUCCCAUCCUUCGUCCAUUCCCAGAAGCGCAAUCCCCAAACCCACAUGAAAGACCCUGACAUGGUGUGGGACUUCUGGAGUUUGAGGCCCGAGAGUCUGCAUCAGGUGUCUUUCUUGUUCAGUGAUCGAGGUUUGCCUGAUGGCCACCGUCACAUGAAUGGCUACGGCUCUCACACCUUCAAACUGGUCAAUGCCGAUGGUGAACGUGUCUACUGCAAAUUCCACUAUAAGACGGAUCAAGGAAUAAAGAAUUUGACGGUGGAAGAGGCAGACCGCCUGGCAGCCACCAAACCAGAUUAUGGAAUUGCAGACCUGUUCAAUGCUAUUGCUAAUGGAAACUACCCAUCCUGGACCUUUUACAUCCAGGUCAUGACCUUUGAGCAGGCUGAGAAGUUCCGGUUCAACCCGUUUGAUCUUACAAAGGUUUGGUCACAUAAAGAAUACCCACUGAUCCCUGUGGGCAAACUGGUUCUGAACAGGAACCCAGUCAACUACUUUGCAGAGGUGGAGCAGCUGGCCUUUGACCCAAGCAACAUGCCACCAGGCAUCGAGCCCAGCCCUGACAAGAUGCUGCAGGGUCGCCUCUUCUCCUACCCAGACACGCAUCGUCACCGGCUGGGGGCAAACUACCUGCAGAUCCCUGUCAACUGCCCCUUCAGGGCUCGUGUGGCCAACUACCAGCGUGAUGGUCCGAUGUGCAUGCAUGACAACCAAGGUGGCGCUCCAAACUACUACCCUAACAGCUUCAGUGCCCCAGAGACCCAGCCUCAGUUUAUUGAGUCCAAGUUCCAAGUGUCUGCAGAUGUUGCUCGUUACAACAGCUCAGAUGAAGACAAUGUCACACAGGUUCGCACCUUCUACACUCAGGUCCUGAAUGAAGAGGAGCGACAGAGACUUUGCCAGAACUUGGCAGGGUUUCUAAAAGAAGCCCAGCUCUUCAUCCAGAAACGCAUGGUCGAGAAUUUGAAGGCUGUCCAUCCAGACUAUGGAAACAGAGUUGAGACCCUUCUCAAGAAGUACAAUGCGGAGGCCAAGAAGGAUGUCACUUUGCACGUUUACAGCCGUCCUGGAGCCUCAGCCAUCACCGCCUCAUCUAAGAUGUGAUGCCUUAAAUUUCAAAAGAUGCACCUGUGUGAUAACUGUUAACUAAAAUGGACCAUUAUUUGAACCAUCAGAAAAGGUUCAGAAUACUAGCAGUCAAGUUUUUAAUGUUUUGGCUAAUUGGUUUUUAAUUCAGUUUUUCCAAGCAGUUUAUUUCUAAUAAUUCUCAGCAGCACUUGCAUUUUUCUUGUUAUCUACAACACAACCAGGUUGAGAUAAAGUUGCCAUGAUUCUUCUGCAGUGUGUUUGAGCUUUGAAUAUUUAUUGUUGGAUCACUCAAGUUUAACUUCCUCAUAUUUGGCUGAACCACUGGUGAAUGUGAUUGUGGUAUGUAGCAAUAAGCAACCAAGAAGUAAUAUUGACUAAGACAGUCUUCUGUGCCUUUCAUAUGCAAAGCCUACAACUAACAAUGGAGUUGAACUUUAUCUGAAAUCUAUUCUGUGCCUGUAGUAAUGAAUUUGUAAUUAAACGUUUAUCAUUUGUCUA